UCGUUAGUUUUAUCGGUUGAAAAAAAUUUGCAUUUUGUAGGUCUAUAAAGUAAAUAAUAAUAAGAUAAGAUAAGCCCUCGGUCGCAAAAAAUUUCGGGCUUACUUUUGAAAGCAGACUUUAAUUCGUAGAUUGCAAAAAUUAUAUUAUAUUAUAUUAUCCGUUCCGUUCCAAACAUCGUGACAUGAUGGAAUGGUCACACUCAUUUUCUGAAAACGGGCGACGGUUUUAUGUUUUGUUUAUUUUGUAUGCUAAAAAGGUCAAAUAAAUAAUAAAUAAACACUGGAGAUUAACCAAAUCUAAGAUUUAGAUUUAGAUUGAGAUUAGCGGCAUGGCAUUUUCCACUGGUUGAAGGAUAUAUAUAUAUAUAUAUAUCUUUUUUGGCACUUGAUCGGCGCAACGCAACCAAAAAAAACUGUAUCAGUGAAUUGCACAAAUACCUGGUGAGAAGGCGGAGCGAAUGCACGUUUGCAACAUAAAGGAGCCUGGAUCUUGUAUUGUUGCUAGAAAGUUGAUCCAAAACGGCUCUCAAGCUGGAUUCCGUGCCCAGCGAUAUGACGCUGAAACCUUUGGACUGUCCGUUUGAAUCUCAAAGAACUUCACCUCCUGCAAUGUCCCUCAGUGCAUGGUCCGUUGUCCACCAGGCAAGGCCGGAUAUGGACCGGGAGAUCAGGAUUGGGGAUUCGUCGACGGACGUCCAGGCGCCCAGGCGGAUCCAGGCCACUGCCCAGUGGGGCAACACCCAGUGGGAGGUAAUGAAGGCCUCCAAAGGUGUUGACUUUUACAAUGUUUUGAAGGAGACCCUCGGCGACCGAUUCCAGAGGCAGCUGGCCAUGACACCCGAAGAACGACAGUACCGCACCAUGGUGAAGUUUGAAAUUGACGAAGAUCGCGAUCAGCUGCUGGAAGAACUGAUCCGUGGCCCUGUGGCCGAGACCCUGGGCAUACCAUCUAAUGUCAAGUGGGGAUCGGAAAGCAGCAGCACCUUUGACAUACACCGAACGGACUUCAUGAAGCCCGUUAUACAUAUUGUUAAUGAAUUGCUGGAGAAGACUCCGCUCAAAGUGGGCGUCUUUUCUUGCGCUACCACCGCCCUGAUGGUACACUCCGUUGGGACCGCCACCUCCGCUCGACGCAGAGUCUCCCGAGCCUGGACCGGCUGCGCCAUCUACCGAGGGCGUACCGCCGCCCCCGCCCCCAGAGGACUCAAGAACGACAAUAUACCAGAAGUAUUCAACCUGCGCUGCAUGACCGAAGACGGCUCGGAGAACAUAUCGGGGUCCAUCGUAUAGUAUAUGGUACAUCGAACUCCACGGCCAAGACGAUCCCAUGUAUACGUGUGCGCGAAUGAAGAAUUAUAAUACACUUUCGUCAGCAGGGCUACAUGACUGCCCUGCCUUCAGGAGCAAACAAAUGUAAAACUCGAGCACCCGCUUAUCAGUGAAUUGCACAAAUACCUGGUGGUGCAAGGGGACUUUGAGAAGGCCGAGUGCAUUGAUGAGGGUCUCAUGGACGAGUAUUUGUACAAGCUGGCAUAUGAAACACACUGAAAGCGAGGCAAACCUGGCAAUCGUGGUGGCCAUCAGUUGGUGGAUGAUGCCAAAAAACGCCUCAUUAUAUUUGUAUGGAGGCUGCAAUGGAUAUCACACUGUGGGCUACGAUUGAUUGUGAACGCGACGAAAUCUAUGUAUUCUCCAGUCUGAGUAAGGUUAAGGAUCGCCGUGACAUACAGCAUAUGGAUGUUUGGCCAACAACCACUAUCUGUUCGGUGGAAAUCCUGGCAUCUGUCAGCAACAACAACUGCGCCUGGAUUAUCGUUAGAAUCAGAAUGUUCGUGAGCUGAUUGCGUUUGAUGUCCUUCAGCCACUCCUUGCAGAGGAAUUCGCAGAGCUUGUUCCAGCCCAGGAUGCCGCGACGGUUGACGAGCUCCCGCAGACAGAUGCCCUAUCCUUGUAGCUGCGCCAGGCCCAUAAUGAGAGCUCAAUCCUACGGCCAUGGUAGUCGAAGCAGAUGGGCAGUGCGGGGCUGAAGAUCACCUCCCGGAAGUAGACGGGCGCCGACUCUCCACCCAGGGGAUCAUCCUCCAGCUCGGCCGUGUUGUCCUUGCCCUCGUCGAUGAGCACAUCGAGAUUCCUCUCCACAAUCUCCCUCGCCUCCAAAUCCUGCAGGGCAUGUCGGAGGCAGAGUUGACCUCCAUUUUGGCAUUCGCUGGGGCACUGGCACUGGAGGAGUUCUUGAGCAGCGCCGAAAAGAAGUCCUCCAGAAAGAGCAGCGUAUCCUGAUCAAUGUUCAGUUUGAUGGGCAGAAUGGACACGCGCAGGGAGCACUCCUCGGCGGUGCUCUUCUGUGGAUUGGGCCGCACAUUCAGGGCCUUCACAAUGACCAUGUUCUCGUCGAGCCGGCGGGAUAUGUUGCUGAUGUUCGGAUGAUACAGGAACUUGUUGAUGUCCGAGGAGCGCAGGCGGUCGCGUAUCUCGAUCUCCGAGACGAGCAGCACCUGCCGCGAGGAGUAUAUGGAGCUGAGGGGAUAAGCCUCGUAGGAGAAGCGAAUCUUCGACAGCACAUCCAGGUUCCUGCGCGAGCCCUUCGGCUCCUUGGGCAGUCCUGCUCCCUUUUUCGUUGUCUUCUGCUCGCUUUGUGGCUGCGAUACGCCGUAUUUGUCAAACACAAAAA